AAGUAGAGACCCUAGAUGGAAAUCACCGGAGGUGGCAUUAUUUUGGUUGUUUCGUCGGCAGAGCCAUGUUGGAUGCGACGGUUUUACAAACGCCAGCCAUAAUCAUUGACAAUGGAUCUGGAUCGUGUAAAGCUGGGAUCGCAGGUGAUACCAAACCAAGGUCGGUGGUCACGUCUGUUGUCGGCCACCUUAAACAGAAAGUGGAGGAAUACUACAUUGGGGAGAAAGCCCUCUCCAACAAAGCUGCCGCCAUGUUGAAUUAUCCUGUUGAGCACGGCAUAAUUACUUGUUGGGAUGACAUGGAGAAGCUGUGGAAACACAUCUGUAAACAUGAGCUUAAAGUAAAAGCCAGCGAGAGGCCUGUCCUUCUCUCAGAACCACCACUGAACCCACGUCAAAACCGGGAAAAAAUUACAGAGCUGAUGUUUGAACACUUUAAUGUUCCGGCUUUGUACCUCUCAAUCCAAGCUACUUUGGCUCUUUACACAUCAGGGCGCACCACUGGAUUGGUCAUGGACAGUGGGGAUGGAGUAACCCACACCGUCCCUAUCUAUGAAGGAUAUUGUCUACCUCAUGGGGUGUCCAGACUUGACAUGGCAGGAAAGGACAUUACCGAAUACCUCGCCAGUCUCCUUUUGGAGAACAGCCAUUCUAUAAGCAGGGCCAAGAAAACCAUGGUGAAGGAUAUCAAAGAGAAGUUCUGCUAUGUGGCUUUGGAUCCCAAGCAAGAAGCUGAAAAGAAAGCAGAGGAGGUCCUGAAGCUACCAGAUGGAAAUUCCAUCAAAAUCAACCUUCACCUCUGCCGAGCACCAGAAAUCCUGUUUGCGCCAAAGGCCGUAGGCCUCGAGGCUCCCGGCAUUCAUGCCAUGAUCACGAAGAGCAUUAGGAAGUGUGACAAGGACAUUUGCGCCCUUCUCUACGGAAAUGUGGUCCUCUCAGGCGGGUCGUCCCUUUUCCGAGGACUGGAUGAAAGAAUUUUUAAGGAGAUAGAACAGCAAGUUCCGAAGGGAGUUCCAGUUCGAAUCAUCGCCCCCCCCGAAAGAUCUUAUGCUGCCUUGAUUGGUGGUUCCAUCCUUACGAACCUGGCCUCUUUUGCACCCAUGUGGUUUACUCUCAAGAACUACCAAGAACUUGGCGCAGCUGGGAUCCAGCAGAAGUGCUUUUAAGAAAACGAAACCACAGCCAAAUUCAAGUCUGCCGAUGAAGACUUACAA